AAUGCCCUUCUGAAAAUAUCAAGAUUAUUGUAUCCCUUAUAUUCAGCUGAAGUGUCUCCUUUUGUGGGGUUUUUUUUGUUUUCAGAUUUUGAUGUUCGGUGUCGACAGGAGCUUAAAGAGCAUCUGAAGAAGAAGCUCCAACGUCUCUCUGAAGGCAUUGCUGAACAUGGAAAUAAAACAGUUCUCAAUGAGAUCUUUACAGAGCUCCACAUCACAGAGGGGUUAACUAGAGAGGUCAACCAGGAACAUGAAGUCAGACAGAUUGAAACAGAAUCCAGGAAACAGGAAACAAUCACAAGAGAAGACAUCUUUAAUGUCUCACCUGGAACAGAUCAACCAAUUAGAACAGUGAUGACCAUGGGAGUGGCUGGCACUGGGAAAACCAUCUUAACAAGGAAGUUCACUCUGGACUGGGCUGAAGGCAAAACCAACCAAGAUAUUGAUUUCAUAUUUCCCAUCGCUUUCAGAGAGCUAAAUAACUUGAAAGAAGAAAAGUUCAGCAUGGUGGAGCUGAUUCACAGUUUGUUUCAUAAAACCAAAGGAAUCAGCAACUUUGAAGCGUUCCAAGUUCUGUUCAUCUUUGAUGGCCUGGAUGAGAGUCGACUUCCUCUGGACUUCGAAAAAACUAAAAUAUUAACUGACCCUGAACAGUCCAACUCAGUGGAUGUUCUGGUGAUAAACCUCAUCAGGGGGAAACUGCUUCCCUCUGCUCUCCUCUGGAUAACCACAAGACCAGCAGCAGCCAGUCAGAUCCCUGCUGAGUUCACUGACAUGGUGACAGAGGUCAGAGGGUUCACCGACCUCCAGAAGGAGGAGUACUUCAGGAAGAGAUUCAGAGGUGAUGAAGAGAAGGCCAGCAGGAUCAUCUCCCACAUGCAGAAAUCAAAAAGUCUCCACAUUAUGUGCCACAUUCCAGUUUUCUGCUGGAUCACUGCUGAAGUUUUGGAGGAUGUGAUAAUGACCAAAGAUGCAGGAGACAUGCCCAAGAUGCUGACUGAGAUGUACAUAGAGUUCUUGCUGGUUCAACUCACAUUCAAGAAGAAAAAGUUUGGAGGAGCUGAAAAGGUUGCUGAGAACAUGAUCUUGAUUGUUUCUCUAGGAAGACUGGCUUUUGAGCAGUUGCUGAAAGGAAAGAUGAUCUUCGAUGAAUCAGACCUCACACAGUGUGGCAUCGACAUCAAAGAUGCUUCAUUGUUUUCAGGAGUUUUCACUGAGAUGUUUAAAAAGAAAAGAAGGACGCGCAACAUCUCUGUCUUCUCCUUUGUCCAUCUGAGCUUCCAGGAGUUUCUGGCUGCAGUCUACAUGCUCCACUGUUUCACAAGCAGGAAGUCAGAGGUGAUCCAGAUGUUCCUGGGAGAAGAAUACAUAGAAACAUCUCUAGAUGAGUUCAUGAAGAAAGUCAUGGAGAAAUCCCUCAGCAGUAAAAAUGGCCACCUGGACCUGUUUGUCCGCUUCCUUCAUGGUCUCACUGUAGAGUCCAACCAGAGUCUCUUAGGAGGCCUACUGGGUCAGACAGAGAACAGUCCAGAAACCAUUCAGAGAAUCAUUACCAACCUGAAGGAGAUGAACACUGAUAGAAUCUCUCCUGACAGAAGCAUCAACAUCUUCCACUGUCUUGUGGAGAUGAAUGACCUCUCAUUUUAUCAGGAGAUCCAAUGGCUGCUGGAUUCAGGGAAGAAACUCUCAGUGACUGAUUGUUCAGCUCUGGCCUUCAUGCUGCAGAUGUCAGAGGUUCUGAAUGAGUUGGACUUGCAGAAGUACAACACUUCAUGGGAUGGACGACAGAGACUGCUUCCAGCUUUGAGGAACUGCAGAAAGGCUCGACUUGGUGGCUGGAGGAUCCAAAAGGCUGAUUGUGAAGUUGUGGCCUCAGCUCUGAAGUCCAACCCAGAUCUGACUGAACUGGAAAUUAGUGAGAUUGACAUAUAUAAAGGUGGAGAUGCUGAUAUGAAGCCUCUGUCUGAGAUCCUGGAGAGUUCUGUCAGUGAAGUGAAGAAUCUGGGAUUGGAUCUCUGCAGUUUGUCAGAGACCAGCUGGACUUUGCUGUUCUCAGCUCUGAAGUCCAACCCAACCCAUCUGAUAGACUUGGAGCUGGACAACACUAUUCUGGGAGAUUCUGGAAUGAAGGAGCUCUGUGGUUUUCUACAGACUGAAGGCUGCAGACUGGAGAGAUUGAGAUUGUUGAACUGCUCGAUGUCAAAGAUCAGCUGUGAUUAUCUGGCCUCAGCUCUGAAGUCCAGCGACCUCUAUAUGACAAAACUGGACCUGAGAGGAAAUAUCCUGGAGGAUUCAGAUGUUCAGCGGCUGAAGCGUUUUGUAGAGACUGUAGAGUGGGAUUCUUACAGUUCUUCUUGCCCCCGUCGUGGACCAAGUUUUGUCUCCACCAGCGCAAGGCUACUAAACCUUUCAUGAAGUUUUGAUCUGAACUAGAUUCAACUAGAAAGUUGAUCUUUUUUCUGAUUCGUUUUUGUCCUGGAACCAGAAAUGGUCUGAGAAUGGAAACAUGGGAAUCAUUUUCAGUUCGGCUCUGAAUCAUGAAAGACACUUCAAACCUCUUUUCUCUGCUGCUUCUUCUUCUGUUGACAGGAAAAUGUUCCUCAAAG